GCUCACAGUGCAGCGUUUCGAAGCUUAUCGCAAUAAGGAUGGAUGUGCAGUAUGGUCCGCUGGCAUUAGGCAUCCUGUCAGGCGUGGGUUGCGGGCUCUGCCUUGGCUGGCUUCUCCGAGGACGACUCGUGAUGGCAGCCAAUCAUGGCUCUGAAAAUGGCACUGAAACGAGUGUUAUGGGAGAGAGUGGUGAAUUCAAAAUGGUUCUGGUCGUCCGGUCAGACCUUAAAAUGGGCAAAGGCAAAGUGGCAGCGCAGUGUUCUCACGCAGCAGUGUCUGUCUACAAGCAAGUUCAACGCAGGAACCCUGAGCUUUUAAAACAAUGGGAGUACUGUGGGCAGCCUAAAGUAGUGGUGAGAGCACCAGAUGAGGACGAGCUCUUUCAACUUUUGAGCCAGGCUAAAGAAGUUGGCCUUACAGUCAGUCUCAUUCAGGAUGCUGGAAGGACCCAAAUUGCUCCUGGAUCAAGGACUGUUCUUGGUAUCGGACCUGGACCUGCUGAUAUUGUAGACAAAGUAACAGGGCACUUAAAACUGUACUAAACAAAGCAGACAUUGUGUGAAAAAUAAUGUUUAAAUGCUUUGAUGCUGUAGCUUUUUGUAUUUGACUUAAAUUUAUACAGUAAAAUCUUA